AUGUCUCAAUAUCGCUCAUCCGUUGAUCAUUUGGCGUACGGGCCCGGCCCGGAGCGGUGGGAUAGCGAAAGGUUCAACCAAGAACGCGAUCGCGAUCGAUUUGGACGAGGUGACGGCGGACGCUACGACCAGCGUGAUACGAAAAUAUCUAUCAAUCGUACGAAUGAACGCGGAGGACCUGGCCGACCACGAGAGCGUUCUGUUGAUGAAAUUUACGAGCGAGACCGCAGAGGUCCACGAGGAUACGAAGAUGACUUUUACGAGCGACGACAUUAUCACGAAGAUGAACCGCGACUCGAACGUGAGCGACCGAUUGGCAGGAACCGCGGCCAGAGUAUCACAUUGGAAAGAGAGCGGGAGCGAUUUGACGAGCCUCCAGUUCGCCGUGGUAGCAACAGACCAGCGUUCCUGCGACGACAAUCUAGCUUGGAUACCUUUGACCGAAAGCCGCUCACCCGAUUCAAUGACCGCGAGCGAUUAGACGAUUAUGGACCACCUGCCAGAUUCGAACGUGAAGAGUAUGGCCCUCCUGCUCGCUAUGAGAGAAGAGAGGAGAUGCGACCACCUGCUCUCACACCAAUUCCUUUGCCAGUACGAAAGGCUCUUGGACCGCCACCAAGAAGAUACGAGGAGCGGGAAUACUACGAAGAUAUCAAAGUCGCCGAGCCCGAUUUCUAUGGCGAUGAAGAGUUUAGAGGAUAUCCUGAACGAGUUCGCGAGAGAGAGAUCAUCAGACGACGUAGACGCAGCAGAAGCAAGGAGAGCCGGGCUGGUCGUAGUGUGAGAGGAGGAGGGAGCGUAAGAAGCAGUAGCCGAAGCUCCUCGAGCAGUAGCGGAAGCUUCGAGACGGUCAGAAAUGAGUUCCCUAAGAAGGGGAAGACGAGAAUGCCGGCCAGACUCGUCAGCAAGAAGGCAAUCAUCGAUCUUGGUUAUCCAUUCGAAGAAGAGGGUGAUACUAUCAUCAUCAUGAAAGCUCUUGGGAGAGAGAAUAUCGACGAAGUUAUCAAACUAAGUGAAGAUUACAAGUCUGAAAAACAUUCUCCAUCCGGCAACGUUGUUUUCGAAGAAAGUCGCACAACAGAGGUUAUCACUGUACCUAGCCCGGCUCCUCCACCUCCACCUCCAGUAUUCGCUGCACCUCCAGUAUUUGCUCCACCACCUCCGAUGCCAGCGCACGAACAUGUGACGGAAGUCAUCAAGGACACCAGAAUUGUUGAUGUACACCGCGAUCCAUCACCAGCCUAUUCGCACAGAUCCCACUCCCGUCACUCGCACCACCAUCACGGCAGUCAUGGAAGCCCGAUCAUCAUGAAUGCAGGACCUCGAGAGGAGAGUACUUUCAUUGAGAAGAAAAGAGAGGUUAUUGAAAGAUCUGAUCCAAUGCCCGUCGGACCGCUCGCUCUAGCACUACCCAACGACCGUCGGCGAGUUCCAGACGAAAGGUCAAUCCGUGCUGAGAUCAAAGCACUAGAAGCAGAGAAAGAAGCGCUCAAAGCUCAAAGACGAGCAGACCGAGAGAUUCGUCGUGCAGACCGGUACCGUGGCGAAGGCCGUCACUCCGAAUCCGAAUUGGUUGUCUACGACCGGGAACGCUACGAUACUUAUGGCGACGAAGUUACGAUGGUCCGAACAGAGAGAUUCGUGGAGCCUGAGGGCGGCGUCAAGAUUCAGAAGGACAAAAAAGCCCCACCACCUGCUUUGGUUAGAGCUAUGCUCAAGACGCUCACCUAG